GCUCUCGUUUGUUUGGAUCUCUCUUCACAAAGUUUAUCCAGCUAUUCAAAUACUAGACCUACUUAUAGUUGCAACCCGGUAACAGUGUCACAAUUCCAUCUAUGUAGUCACAGUGCGCUCAGAAAUCACUUGUCACCAGGUAUUCGUUCUCUUACCCACAUUACUUUAUGCUUUCCUUUAUUCUCUUCCCUUCUCUGUUAUACGGUGUCGCUGCGAAAUAAUAAGACUCAUAAAAAAUUCCUCAGGCUUAUGGUUUAUGUUUAGAUAUCUUCACCUUAAAACACUAAUUCGGAUGUCAUCAAGUACUGUCAAGAAAUCUGCCACCCAGCCAAAGUGGCACCAACCGGAGGCCAAUAAUCUCCCGCCUGUUUUGAAGUUGUACAACUCAUUAACACGUAACAAAGAUGAGUUCAUACCAAACUCUCCAAACCAAAUAACUUGGUACUGUUGUGGUCCAACAGUGUAUGACCAUUCGCACAUGGGUCAUGCAAGAAACUAUGUGUCCACUGAUAUCAACAGAAGAAUCUUGCAAGACUAUUUCGGCUACAAUGUCAAAUUUGUGCAAAACGUUACCGAUAUUGACGAUAAGAUUAUUAUAGCUGCUCGUCAACAAUACUUAUUCGAAGAGAAGUUUGCCAACGUCUACAAGCAGUUGAAUGCUGACCUCACCAAAGAAACGAAGUUGGCGUUCGAGUUUUAUUUGCAAAAGAAUUUGCCAGCAUUCACCGGUAAUAUCCUGGAGUUUGGAUCUUGGGCUCAGUCCGUCAAUGUUCAAGAAGUGGCCGUUGUAAACCCAAAGUUCCCCAUGUACAUCAAAGCAGCAGUCAAGGCAUAUAAUGCUAUUCACAGCGAAUCCUCUGACUUGCCGAACUUCAUGUCCAGUGUUCAAGAAGUCGUCAUGCCAUACUUGGACAAACAGUUGGGAUCUACCGUCAACGACCCAUUGAUUUUCAAGAAAUUGCCUUCUUUCUGGGAAAACAAGUUCGAUGAAGAUAUGGGUAAGUUGAAUGUUUUGCCUCCUGACGUUACCACGAGGGUUUCCGAGUACAUUCCUGAAAUCAUUGAGUUUGUAGAAACCAUCAUUAAAAACGGGUUUGCGUAUCCUACCAGCGAUGGGUCCGUAUACUUUGACACUGUCAAGUUUGACAAUGACUCAAACCAUGUGUAUGCCAAAUUACAACCUUGGAACAAGGGUGACUUAUCGUUAAUUAAUGAUGGAGAAGGCUCUUUGACCACCGGACAAGAUUCUAAGAAGAAUGCUGCCGAUUUUGCUCUUUGGAAGGCGUCAAAGCCUGGUGAACCUUCUUGGUCUUCAGCGUGGGGCGAAGGAAGACCCGGAUGGCAUAUCGAGUGUUCAGUCAUGGCAUCUGAUAUCCUUGGGUCCAAUAUAGAUAUCCACUCAGGAGGGGUUGAUUUAUGUUUUCCUCAUCACGAUAACGAAUUGGCUCAGUCCGAGGCAUGUUUCGAUAAUAAGCAAUGGAUCAACUACUUUUUGCAUAGUGGCCACUUGCACAUACAAGGUCAAAAAAUGAGUAAAUCUUUGAAGAACUUUAUCACUAUUGAAGAGGCUUUGAAGGACUACAGUAGUAGACAAUUGAGAUUGGUGUUUGCCAUGAGCUCAUGGGAAAGACCUCUUGACUUCAAAGAAAGUUUGUUGAAGGAAGUCAAGGCUUUUGAGUCCACUUUAUCUAAAUUCUUCACUAUUGUACGAGCAUUGAACAAUGAUUACAAGCAUGAGAUUGCUGGAGGAAGAUACCCAGUAAAGAAAUUGACGCUUGCUGAUAAGACUUUAUCUGGAGACUUAGUGGUGGCCCAAAACGAAGCGCACGAAGCAUUCUGUGACAACUUGUCUACUCCUCAAGUGUUGAGGAUAGUGCAAGAAUUGAUCUCCAAGUCUAACAACUAUAUCCAAGUUUGUUCCUCUGGAGAAAACGAAUUGAGAAUCGAAAUAAUAUUAUCAGUCACCAAGUGGAUUGUCAAAAUCCUUGAUAUCUUGGGAUUUGAAGCCAGAGCCGAUAGAUUGGGCUGGUUAGACUCGUCCGAGGAAGGUACAAGCUCAUUUAACAAAGAAGAUACAUUGAUGCCAUAUAUCAAGGCAUUAUCUCAGUUCAGAGAUUCUGUGCGGAACUCGGCCAUCAAUAAAGAAGAUAUCUCCAAGGUCUUGUCAGCUUCUGACAAGAUAAGAUCAGAAUUAAUCGAUUUGGGUGUUUCUUUGGAUGAUAGACCAAAUGGAUCGGCUUUAAUAAAGUUUUUAAAUGCUCAAGAAUUAGCCGAUUUGAAGGAACAACAAAGACUCAAAGAGGCACAGCUCAAAGAAAAGGAAGAAAAGAAGAAACAACAAGCAUUAGCCAAUGCCAAGAAAGAGGAAGAAAGGCUAGCUAAGAUGAAGCUUGACCCCAAGGAUCUCUUUCAAGAUAAGUCCUUAUAUUCUGAAUGGGACGAGUCUGGAAUCCCUACCAAGGAUGCUAAGGGUGAAGAAGUAACCAAAAGCAUGAAGAAAAAGUUGGUGAAGCAAUAUCAACAACAAGAGAAGCUUUACCAACAAUACUUGGAGUUACAGAAAUAGAUUAUAUACCACAUAAAACUAUAAUAAUCACUCGGGAGUUU